AUCUACCACAUUUCUCAGCGCACGCCCCCGUCUCGCCGAUAAUUGCCUCCCUCUGACUUCCGCCCCUCCUCUGCGCCAAUCAUGCCCACCAUUGCCAGCUCGACGGCCAAGGCCAAGGCGCUAGAGGAGGAGGAUGCUGCUCCACCCCGAUCAGCAAGCACCCGCAAAACGCGGCCUUUGCGUCGCAAGACGUCCCACUCGGUCAUCGAGAGGAGGCGAAGGGAAAAGAUCAAUGAGCGGCUAAUCAGACUUCAAGAGAGCGUGCCCGCUUGUCGUCAAGAGGCGCAAGAGAUGUUGAGCAGCAAGUUGAGCAACGUGAAGGGCAAAAAGAGGCUGGCUGAGGCUGAUCGGCAAGAAGAGAUCGAGAGGCGCAUCAAGCAGGAAAUGGUUCUGGAAAAGCUGUGCAUCAUCAGCCACACUGUUGGUGCGUGCUGCGAGCCAUUUGCAUCGAUGCAGUUGCGAUCGAUGGGACUGACUCGACGUUUUCCAUUCCCCUCUCCUGUGCUGCCCCCGCUCACAGACCAUUUGGCAGAGUUGCAAGCUCAAGUGGCGGCAUUCAGGCGUCUCUGUCGAUGCUCUCCUCCCAUCACCCUGCCCAAUCCACCUUCACCUCACGCGCACGCCAAGUUCGCACACGCACAUGGGCACGCAGCAUCCGCCGAGGAGGGCGAGGAGGAGGAGGAGGAGGAGGAGGGGAUUGCCUUGGAACAUGGCAGCGAUGGCGAUGAUGCACGAGCGAACGACUGUGACGAAAAGCAGCGGGGUGGUGCGAGCGAGCGUGUGCAAGCUUCAGCAGUAUACGCUCCCAAACGCAAGAGGCACUGGGGCAGCAAUCGACCCCCGCGCGGCGAAGCUGCACCUGCAAGUGACAAGCGGAAGCGCUCAAAGAUCGACAGCAAGGAUCGAAAGGUCGCUGCCCACGAAGCUAGUGCCCAGAACAGUCACAGCGUCGAGGGUGGGCGCGCUGUGAAAGUUCAGGACGAAGCCCUCGUCAGUGAUGCCGAAUCACACGACGGCGACUCGUCCGCCUCCGAAUUAGCCUUUGAGUCACCACUUCCGAUCCAGCAGGCUUGGGAUCACGCUCACCGACCCAUCCCUGCGGCCGGUCCGCCGAUGACUUCUGCGCGCAGACGCAGGGCUACGGACGCUGGCUUUACACCUGGGCCGGAGGGUCACGGAGAAGAAUCUAUGCACGCUUGUGGACACUCACAUCCACCUGGAGGCCACGCACCAGGUGUGCAGUAUCCUGGAGCAGCUCAUCAUUACGGCUACCGCCACGAGCCACUUGCUUCGAUCCAAAAGACUCUGACCAGCAAAGGCGAUCACGUCGCUCGCAGCGAAGCGCCCGAACUCCCUGCGACUUGCCUUCCUUGGAGCUCGCAAGGCGCGUUGCAGCACUCCUACCGCCAGCCGAGCUACCAUCGAGCCUUGCCCCACCUCUGGGCCCUACCAUCACCUUCUCAACCUCUCUUCUCUCCAGCAAGCGCUUCUUGGCCAAACGCGAGCGCAGAUUCAAGAGCAGAUGGCGCCGAAUCUCCACGAGGCUCUGCAGACAGCUCCUUCGCUUCUUCUAGAAUUCACCUGGCUCCCAUCCGUACGAUUAGAACGGUUCGUGACGAUUUCGAGCGUGGGAACCGAUGCGAAGGGCCGCCGGUAUUUCACAGACCUCGAUCGCUCUCCCCGACCAGGCCCAUCAGCGAUCUUCAAGAGCGUCGCAGCCCGCACUUCGACUUGCGCGCUCUCCCAAGCAUUCGACAUCUGAACAUUGAGCAAUCCCGCCAGCUCGAUCAGCAGGCACCAUGCGUCGAUGAAGAUGCACAGCCCGAGCCUGCGAUCAGGUCUGCCCACGUGCAGAAAAGGACGCCGAUGAUGAGCUGUUCUCCCUCUUUCCCUUCAUCGACGCACGAAUCGCCCAACACUUCUCCCAGCUCCCCUUCUUCGUCCUCUUCCGCCGCAUCAGGCUCCAAAUCCGCCAGUGCUGGAUUGGACAUUUUGGCGGCCGCUGUGAGCGGGGAGAGGAGGCAAACGUCGACAGAGGUCAGAGAGCUUGACCAUCCGAAACUCGCCAAGCAGCGCCCGAGGAAAGAUCCUCUGCUUGCGCGUCGAAUUCUCUGAUGCCGAAAAAAAGUAAGAGUGCAUACGUGUUGCGCAUUGGGUCUUGCGCGAACUGCGUGUGCAUGUUGAACACGUUGGUCGACGGUUUGUAGAGCUGACUCUUCGACGCUUACACACUAAGUAAUAGACUGUCGAUUCUGCGACUUUGCG